AUGGCUCGCAUAUUGCUGGAGAGUCUGCUGAAGCAGCAAGAUGAUCAAGACCAAGGCGAUGAUGCAUGGAACAUAUCCAGGGCUGCUGCGACUUUGACCCGCAUUGGAGGAGCCGAGAAGCAGCCACCUAUGCUUUUGGAUGUGCCAACAUUCCUCAAGCUUGCUGUCUUGGAAUUUCUCCUCAAUGCAACAGAGGAUGACAACACACAAACUGCUUGGACACAACUGAGUCGUAUCUUUGAGUUUUUGCAUAGUCCAGCCAGUGGCUCCGCAGGGAACCUUCCUAGAUCUGUGGCUGUGUUACUGAGAGCCAUUAAUGAUCAUGUGGCGGAGAAGAUCUGCGGUGUUAUAUACAGCCUUGCACAGGGCCAUGAAGAUGUUGGAGCUAGUUCCUCUCCUCUCACUCCAUAUCCUAAAGAGAUAAUCCAACUGCUGCUUGCAGCGGCUGAGCAUAAAGAUGAACAAGUGCCGAAGCUAAGAGCUGCUGCUGCAUACGAUAUAUUGAAUGUGGUUGUCCGAUGUUCAAACGUCGCUGAAUCGUCUAACAUCAUAGCGCAUCUCCUUUCUGAAAUAAUUCAAGAAAUAGACCCGACUAUGCAAAUUCCAAUUAUAUCAAUGGAUGGUCGUGAGAAACAAGCCAAGCUCCAGGCUUCUCUAUGCGUUCUUCUUCAUGUCCUAAUCAAGAAACUGAGUGGCACAGACCAACAAUGA